CUUUCAUCACACUAAUCCACCAUAUUGACAAGAAAUUUGUCGUUUGUUUUCUUUCGUUUUGCCGAUUCUUUUCGAAAAAAGCCCGUAAGAUGGACGAGUUCCAAGGUGCAGAAGAAACAUCUUUCGUUGUAGAUGAAGUCAGCAACAUUAUCAAGGAGUCUGUUGAGGGAGCGAUCGGUGGAAACGCAUAUCAACACAACAAAGUGAACCAGUGGACUUCCAAUGUCGUCGAGCAGUGUUUGAACCAGCUAACAAAGCUUGGCAAGCCGUUCAAGUACAUUGUGACCUGUGUAAUCAUGCAGAAGAAUGGUGCCGGCCUCCACACCGCUAGCUCUUGCUUCUGGGAUAACACUUCGGACGGGAGUUGUACUGUAAGAUGGGAAAACAAGACAAUGUAUUGUAUCGUGAGUGUGUUCGGGUUGGCGAUUUAAUUAAGCUGUAACCAAGCUGACGUGGAGGAAUUUUAAUCUCAAGAACAUUUCCAAACAUGACAUUUUUUGUAUGAUAUCUCGUCUUGGAUAUUUGAACGACUGACUGCGAGAAACACUGCGUGUGAAGUGAAGUCGAACGCUUAGUUUAAUUUGUAUUCCAGCAAUUAGCUUAAUAUUUCCCAGAGGGAAAAACCUCUCCGGCUUUACUUAAGCGAAACUUGUGCUUAUCAAUUGCAUGCUAUUGUAAACAACUAACAGCUGAUCUGUAUUUUACCCUUCCAAUAAUAGUAACACUUUACAAUGUUCAAUCAAACUUUGCGUUGAGUUGCUGUAUAGUUUGUAAAAUACAAAACAUUAAAGUUGGGUUAUUC